UUUUUAUGUCGUGCCAACCAUGACAACAUAUGUCAAUUUUAUCGUCAGCUAUCAAAUUUCGAACCCCUUCAUCCCCAUCGCAAAUUCUAGUGAAGAAAAUCGUUGAAAUAAUGACGGAAAAGCAGAAGGAAGAAGAUGUUCAUCCAUCUCAUAACAGAGCCUGCCUGUGUCGCCCUUUGAAUAUCCCAAGGACGAAACCAACAAAUGACGUGUACAACGCCUUGAAAGACUUCUGCGUAACAGACGAAGAUCUGAAAAAAUACAUGAGACUCUUCAUGGCCGAUCUACAUAAAGGUCUGGCCAAAGCAACGCAUCCAAAGUCGAUCGUCAAGUGCUAUCCGACCUACAUACAAGACCUUCCAACUGGACAAGAGGUUGGCAAAUACCUAGCCCUGGAUCUCGGCGGCACCAACUUCAGGGUGAUACUGGUGGAGCUGCAGAAGAACCACUUCGAGAUGACCUCCAGGACGUUCGUCAUACCGGGGGAAAAGAUGCGGGGAUCGGGCAAGGACCUCUUCGACCACGUGGCGACCUGCCUGAAGGUUUUCAUAGUGGAGCAGAAGCUGGACAACGAGUGUCUUCCCUUGGGCUUCACCUACAGCUUCCCCCUGGUCCAGAAGGCGAUCGACAAGGGGAUCAUCGAGAGGUGGACCAAGGGGUUCAAGUGCGAGGAUGUGAUAGGGGAAGAUGUGGUCAAGGUGCUACAAGAGGCCUUAGUUCGUAAGGGGAUACAGAAAAACGUCAACGUUAAGGCGGUCAUAAACGACACAGCUGGCACCCUGAUCGCGUGCGCUUGGAAGAGCCCCUACUGCAGGAUCGGACUGAUAGUGGGAACCGGAACCAACGCUUGUUACGUGGAGAAGCAGCAGAACGCCGAGAUGUUCGACGCCGCUAACCACGGUUCCGGCGUGGUGCUGAUCAACUGCGAAUGGGGUGCUUUCGGCGACGACGGCAGUCUGGAUUUCAUAAGGAGGCCGGAAGAUGUGGAGAUCGAUAAGGGAUCGAUCAAUCCAGGGAAACAGCUGCACGAGAAGAUGAUAUCUGGAAUGUACAUGGGAGAACUGGUGAGACUGUUGAUUUUGAAAUGCGUCAAGGACGGUUCCAUAUUCGGAGGUAAAUCGUCGAGCGAACUGAACCAGAAAGACAAAUUCCUAACCAAGUACGUUUCCGACAUUGAAUCCGACAAGCCUGGGACGUAUGACAAAUGCAAGGCGAUCCUAGAAUCACUAGGGCUGAAGAACAUAACGGAAGUCGACUUUCAAAACGUCAGGUACAUCUGCGAAUGCGUGAGCAGAAGGGCCGCGUUCAUGUGUGCCGCAGGUCUAGCCACCUUGAUCAAGAAGACGGAAGAGAAGAGAGUGACAGUUGGUAUAGACGGCUCCGUCUAUAGGUACCAUCCGUACUUCCACCAUCUGAUGGUGGAGAAGAUGAGACAAUUGGUCACCCCAGGAGUCGUGUUCGAUCUGAUGCUGUCAGAAGAUGGCAGUGGCCGAGGUGCUGCUCUAACAGCUGCUUCAGCCUCCUGAUGAGCUCUAUCAUUGAAGAAACUCAGAGGAUAAGAUAAGAGGAUAAAAGAAAAAUGUUUGGACCAAAUAAACAUCAAAAUAAAUCAA